UCAAUUACAUACCCUUGGACGGCAUUAAAACCAAGGUGCUAUAAUGCCGUGAAGGUGCUAGUAGAAACAAAUUGCGUUGAUUUGUUUUGAUGUGGUACGUUAUUUAGUAUUUAAUAAAGAUGGUGUUCUAUUUUGAAAGCAGUGUUGUGUCGCCACCUGGCCUAAUUUAUAUGGGAAAGGAUAAGUAUGAAAAUGAAGAGCUUAUACGAUGGGGAUGGCCUGGAGAUGUUUGGUUUCACGUGCACAAUUAUUCUUCUGCUCAUGUUUAUCUAAGACUUAAGGAGGGUCAAACCAUAGAUAACAUUCCACAAGCACUCCUCAAUGAUGCUGCGCAGUUGGUGAAACAUAACAGCAUUCAAGGAAAUAAAAUUAACAAUGUAGAUGUGGUUUAUACACCAUGGUCAAAUCUUAAAAAAACACCCGACAUGGAAGUUGGCCAAAUUGGAUAUUUUUGUGAAAAGAGUGUAAAAAAAAUACGUGUAGAGAAAAGAAUAAACGAAAUUGUAAAUCGACUGAAUAAAACCAAGACGGAAGACUAUCCUGAUUUACGUCAACAAAGGGAAGAACGUGAUGCCGAAGAGAGAAAUGAAAAGAAGCAUCUUUUAAAAGCUCAGCGAGAGAAAGAAGAAGAAGAAGCCAGACGGCAAAAAGCAGAGGCGCAAAAUCGCAGUUAUGAUAAAUUGUUUAAACCGGAAAGUAUGUCUACCAAUUAUGAUGAUGGAAACGAUUCCGAUGAUUUUAUGUAACAAUAAAAGGAAAACCAGCAAAUAACUCAGCCUCACUUUUUAUCACCAAAACAAAAAAAACUAUUCUUGCUUCUCUAAACCAAUAAAUUUUAAAACUCCAUAUUUACUAAA